AUGCCUCGGGUCCUGCUCACCAUGGCUCAGCAGCUGAAGCUGUGUGAUCACUACGCGAAGAAUCGACGCAUGAGCUGCAUGGCUUUGGUCGCGUGGUCCCAGGGAGCUUUCGACUUGAUUGCUAUGCCUGAUAAAAGCACUGUGAACAACAUUUUACGGGGCGAGGCGAAGCUGCGUGGCAUCACAGUCGACUACCAGGACCUACAGCGCGUGCGCCCUGCUCAAAUAAUGCGGUUAGAGCGUCAACUAGUCCAGUGGUUAGCCCUAUAUGAAGCGUCCAAGCUUCUCCGCUUCACUCGCGGUUGCUGGUGUAAGCACUUCUUGGCUCGCCACGGGUACCGCGUGCGCCACGCCCACGGUGAGAUCCACUCGGUGGACACCUCCCCAGCAAUCAAGGGCGCAAUGUGUGAUGCGAGGGCAGCACGGGAUCUGCUGCACGUGCCGGUAUCUCCCGCCGCUGGCCACUUCCAGAUUCACCGCGUGCCUACCGAGUCUCCACAGCAGUCACGCGGGCAAACACCGCGCUCAAGCUCGCCGCCAAACGAAACCAUUCAUGCAAUAUCGCCAGCACCGGCGCCGGGUCCGAGUGCACCGGCUCGCGCGGCGUCUCCGCAUCCGAUGACUCCUGUGGAUGACGGUCCGCCAGCGUCGAGCCAGGAGGCUCCGGGGCCGUUGCUUCCGUCCUGCGCCGAGCGGUCCACUGCCGGCUUCACGGGCUUCGCCUUCGUCGCCGACCGGGAUCCGGGAUCCUGGGGCUUCGUCGACACUCUUGUCUCCGGGGUCCCCUUGCAUCGCCGUCCUGGCGAUCAAGCCGUUCAUCGUGCGCCUCCUAGUGUCGACGGCGCUUCGACGGUAGUCUCGGGGGAUCUAUUGUCUGGUGGCGGGCUGUGUCUUGCUUCACGUCGGGCUACCGCGCCGCCUCCUGCUCCGAGUCCCGAACGCCAGGUGGCCAGUGUCCCCGGGUCUUCUCCGGAUCCAGCAUCAUCUCCAAGCUCCAGUGAAAGGGUGUCCGCCAGCGGGGCCCUGGCCAGCGUCACUUCGGUGUCGAUCGCGACCACACGCGGGACACCCGCCCCUCUCUCCCUGGACGGCUCCUCGGGCCCGGGGCCAUUGGCACCUGUCCUUCACGCGGGUGUUUCUCCAUCCGUGGCCCAGAGCGUCGGUCGAGAGAUUACGCGAGCACACCUGGUGGGGUCGGGUUCCUCCGCACUGCCCUCCAGCGACCAGCAACUUCGGCAGGCAUUCUUGGCCCCGCCACGGGGACUCGCUUCGUCUGCAGUGGGUGGAGCUAUCCACAUCGCUCCGCGCGAUGCGGACAAGUCGGCACUCAGUACGCUUCUGGGACUUCCGCCUUCACGUAGAACACUCCCCACCGGAGAGGUGGCGCAUGCUCGCUUGGGUGUCAGCGUGGGAGAGCCUCCGUCGACGCCUCCCAUCGCGUACGUGCCACUCACUGCUGUCGAUGUCCGGGGCCUGGUGGCCGAUCGUUCGGGUGCUGCGCGGAUCCGGGACAUCGAGGGUAUCGCUCACUUGGCCGUACGGGUGCCAGGGAUCACGGCACACGAACUCCAGACGCUAGCGGAGCUGCUUCCUCCUGGCGACGAGACAGCCGGCAACAUCCUGAUACCCAGCAGGUUGAUCGGAGCAUCUGACACCAUGGCUCCUGGUUCCCGAGGGCGAGCGGCUGAGAUCCAAGCCGGACCGCUCAUGGACUUGUUCGGACCUGAUCACUUCGGCUUCAGAGGGCUUAACACUCAUCGGUCCCUACAAUUCGCGCUGCGUCGAGUCGAGGAGCUGACAGAAGUUUGCCGUCAUCAAGACGCCGACGAGCAGUUGGUCUUGGCUGAGGUGGACAGCUCCAAAGCGCGUCGAGAUCUGGCCGUCCUUGCCGCUGAGCAGGGGCAACUCGAGCAGGACGUCGCGCGGCUCCGACGCGAGAACACUCGACUCGAAGCAGAGAACCGCGAGUUCCGGGGCCGACGCACCUUGUUGGACGCGAUGUCAUUCAUGCACUACCUCCGGGGUCAAGGACCCUGGGGAUUAGUCGGUGACUGGGAAUCUUUUCGCGAUGUCGUCGGGGCUUUUGAGCGGGGGCAGCCGGUGCCGUGCCAGGUCUCCGUGUCGGUUACUCGACUGGAUGGUGGCGGUUCAGGGGCGCCGUUCCCGGAGCCCUCGACUCCCUCGACUCCUUCAGUUCCUGAUCGUGGUCUCGCGCAGGACCGGCCCGCACCUGGUGACGAACUGCCACGUCCAGCCCUGGGCCGCUUGCCUCGGGACCAAGGCCCAUCCAGGGACGACGUUACUAAGGAUCGACAGGGCCGUGACGUGCCCGGGAUUCUGGUCUACAUCCGGGGUCUUGGGGCCGAUGGGUCCAGCGUCUCUGGGGCACGGGAUCAUUCGACUGCCUCUUCCUCGGCUACCACGGCGCCGGUACCAGGCGUCGUCAGUCGCGAGGUUCGGUCGGGAGUCACUGGGGGACAUCUCGUCGAGGGAUUGCUAUCAAGUCCGGGAGCGGACAUAGAGGUUGUUGAGAUCGCCGAUGACUCGGACUUGGACACCGACGUGGGUCUCGACUCCUCGGGGACCCGGAUGUCAAGCGAUGGGUCUUGCCAGGUCAGACCAGUUGGGUACGCCCCUGAAACCAAUCGACGAAGUGCUUGUUACCGCGCCAUCGACUCGGAUGCCGACCCUCCUCGACCUGACUCCGAAAUCCAACGCCUGCUCCCUUCCGGGUGUGCCCUCGAAGAUGUUCGUCUCGAUCUGCUGGAGUUCAUGCGCAUGGACCCUGAGCGGAGGGACCUCCAACAGUCCCAGGGCAUCGUUCGGGGAGUCCGGGCGGAUGGUAUGUUGAUACACACGAUGCUCCGGGAAAACGUACUGAUCGAGGUGCUGCGUCGACUGCUCUGCCUCGGGAUCCUGGACGACGUGUGGUGGACCCGUCAUGUCCCUGAAAAAAACUUUGAGGCCGCAGUGGUUCUGGCUAACGCGUCUCGCUGGGAGGUCGAUGCGAGUCGCCCCUGGCCGGCGAUACCCACGGAGCGCUUGGACUCGCCGACGCCUUCCAAUUCAGAGUCGGACGCCUCAGAUAUGGUUCCAGCAACUCCAGCGUCCAAACGAGGGCGCUCAGGCGCACAUCGACGUGAAACUCGUCCCGCACAAGGAAACCAAGAGGGGCAACUGGCUCGGGCUCGAGAACAAGCUCUAGGCUCCCGUGACGUCGAACUACCGGAACCAGGAGCACCGUCGUGGAUCGUGUAUGGCGUGCGUGUGACGCGGGCGAACGUUCGCCACGGCGGGCUACAGUCACUGGGGUUCCCGGAUUACCAGUGCCUCCGAGGAAGCCUUCACCUAGUCCAGAACCGACUUCUCACCGGCGACUACAUCGGCCUAUUGGCAGUGACGAGCACGCAGCCCUUGCUGCCUUGGGACAUCAUGUUCCAGCGUCGAAUCACAGUCUUCUGGUUCUUCAAGCAGUAUUCGGCGAUGAGCCAGGGACUUCGGAGCCUUGUCAUUGAGUACGUCGCACACAUGCGCGAGUGGCGUCGAGCGUUCUGGGAGCGGACGCACUGGGUGGAGAUCGAUCGCAGCGAUCCUGCCGUGUCGCAGUUGUACGCGGAUCACCGUCGCCGACAACGUGCGUGGGCCGGGGCCUGGAAGGCCCUUCGUGCGCAAAUCGAGAAACUCCCCGAGGUCGAGCGUGUGCUCUUCGAGCAGGAGCCCGGGCUCUGGCGUCGUCCACACUUGAUCUGUACCUGGAUUUUGAUGGACAAGUCCGCUGACUGCCCGCUCGCGGGACAGCUCGAGCUCCUGGAUUCGCGUGAGCCGGCUCGCGCCUACUGGUCCGUCCCUGAUUCAAGCGCCCGGAUUGCGGAGAGUGUUGACGUAGAGGUGUGGAGUGCCAGGGUUGAUAACGCUGACGAGCGUGCGUCUCGCGUGAUACCGGUGCCUCCUGCCAUGCCUCCUGUCCCGUGA